GACGCUACUCGUCAAUGUUGUCGUCUGCUCCUGCUUCCCUGGAAUGUUUUUGACGAGAAAAGACAAUAGUGAUAAGUAACAUGCCACAAAUACUUAACAAACUGGUCAAUACAAUGUAUUAUUUUACAUGCCACAAGUUUGUGCCAGCUUCUUUGGUUGUAAGAAAUAUGGCCACCGUGAAACGAUUUUAUAGAAGGACGAAUAUACUUUCGAGCGGCGACAAAUUUGAGAUUACCCUGGAUCAGAGGAAACUGAAGACGCCGCAGGGUAGGGUAUUCGAGGUGAACAGCAAACUUCUGGCCCUGGCCGUAGCUGCCGAAUGGGAUGCACAGAAGGAGAUAAUCGACAGAGGAAGCAUGCACCUGACAUCUUUGUGCAACACUAUAUUGGACAAUCCGCACAAUCACACCAAAAUAGAUCUUGUCAGUCACAUAGUGAACUGUUUAGAAAUAGAUACAAUUUUGUUUUAUUCGAGUGAAGUGGAUGAAUUGUAUCAGUUACAAGUUGAAAAGUGGGAACCUAUAGUUUGUUGGUUUUGCGAACAUUACAAUGUAGAUAUUACGAGAACUCAGAGUAUAGAGGCGCCUACAGUGUCUACGGAAACUAAAGCUGCAUUAACGAAACAUUUAUUGUCGCAUAAUUUUAAUAGUAUUUAUGGUCUUGUGUAUGCAGUGGACGGAUUAAAAUCAGUUAUUUUAACUCUUGCCACAGCUGCAAGAGUAAUUAAUAUCCCGGAAGCUGUAAAUCUUUCACGCCUAGAAGAAGAAUAUCAGAUCUCCCACUGGGGCAAUGUGGAAUGGCAUCACGAGUAUGGCAAACAAGAUCUGCAGACUCGUCUAUCGGCGGCGAUGUUAUUUGUAUAUCUAAACUCUCAUUCCGCCACUUCUCGGCCCAAAAAUGACGCCCCUAAUAACUGGGAGAGAUUCUCUACGCGCAUCUAGAGGAACGUUUCCAGCGACGAAUUAAAUAGGAAUGGAACAGUCGGGCCCAACCCAUUCCUUUGUACAAAUGCAACUGAAAAGUCGAUGAACAAUUACAUUCAUAAUAGAUAUAUAGAAUGAUUAUGAUUCUGUAACCACAUAGGGGAUAUCUUACACCUUCCUAUUAUGUAAAAUAAAAAAUUGCAAUUUCUCUCGCAUA